AUGGCUUCAUUACCUCCAGUGUAUUCAUUUCCACCGCUAUACACCCGUCAACCCAAUUCUUUGACGAGAAGACAGCAAAUAAGUACGUGGAUAGACAUCAUAUCACAAUAUUGUAAGGGCAAGAAAAUCUGGUACAUGUCAGCCGAUGGUACUGUAAUGAAUGACAAUACAUCAGGUAGUGAAAACACGGAUGAUGACGAUUCAAAAAAAGCUCGUAAGAAUCUUUUUAAUAAUGAAGACAUCCAAAGAUCUGUAUCGCAGGUAUUCAUUGAUGAAAUCUGGUCGCGCAUGGUUAAAGAAGGCAAAUGUUUACCCAUUGAUCAAACUGGUAAGAAAAGUGGCAAUGCCACAAGCACGAGAUAUUUUAUAAUGUGGAAAAGCUUGGAUAAUUGGGCUUCAUUAAUACUACAGUGGUUCGAAGAUUCUGGAAAAUUAAACCAGGUGGUUACGUUAUACGAAUUAAGUGAAGCCGAUGAAACCUUGGAUUGGGAAUUCCACGGAAUGCCAGAAAACCUAAUGUAUUACUGUUUGAAGCCUUUAUGUGAUAGAAAUAGGGCUACAAUGCUAAAGGAUGAAAAUGGCAAAGUAAUCGCCAUAAAAGUUGUUUAG